AGUCAUCCGAGUAUUUGUUAGUGUCAUAGCCAGAGCCAGAUGAUGUUUAUUCUGCUAACAUCCAGUCGGGCUCCGGCAGCACUCAUUGAGGUCAGGGCUUUAUUUAUAGAAGCAGAUAUACAUUGAGAUUCAUUUUCUUUCCCUUGCUGUAUUCUACCUAAACUCAUCCAAAAUAGAAAGAAACAUGCAGACAUGCAAGUAAUAAACUAAUUGGGCCAGAUCCAUGCCUUAGCACAGCACCACAGAGGCCAAUGGAAAAAAAGCAUUUUUGAACAGCCGAGGAUCUUGCCCAUUAUUUCUCAUGGGGAAGGGAAGGGAGGGGUUUAAAACCAGAAAUUAUAAAGCAAAAAGCAAAACCGACCAAGCAACAAAAUGUCCUGACUUGUGGCAGAGCAGAUCUGCAAUGCAAAAUCCCUCAGCCGAGAGCUGCAGUUUGAAGUUUUUUUUUUCCUCUGGUGUUCCCAAUCACCAGAAAGUGCAUGAAUCAGAGUGCAGAGUGCUCCAAGCGAGGAAAAGUAACGACUUAAAGCAAUUUACCUGCUGAAAGUGAGAAGACAUUGUCAGCGUACGCAGUCUGAGACAAAGCAAAGCAGAAGAAAGGCAGCAGGCCAAAAGCAAAGUCUUCUCCCAAGACCCGUGCCAGGCCCGCAGCAUCUCGAGUUUAGCGACAACAGAGAGUUUUCGUGGCCGUAAAGGAGGCGCAGGAGGCCACGGGCAGAGCCGCAGAGGACCCCCGGCAUCGCCUGGCGGUAACGGGGGAUGGCGGAGCUCGGGACGGGGCAGGCUUGGGAACGGGGCAGGCCCUCCAGAAGGGAAUCAGCGGAGGCCGGGCCGCUCCCGGGGCUGUGCGGCGGAACCUCCCUCCCUCUCCCAGCCUCCCACAGAGCGGCGGGGCGAACCCUUUCCGACCGCCCCCGGGAGAGCGGCGGCGCCGCUCGGGGAGGAUCCAGACUAGUGCUGUGCUACCUCUGUUAUUUCAAGAUUCUUCUGAGUGCAGAAGUGUGAAGAAGAAGGAUUUAUGGCAUUCACCAUGGUGGCUCUGUGCUGGAAGCUACCCAUCUGCUUUCUCUUCUAUCAAGUGGUCUCAGGAAGAGUGAGCAGGGAGGGGCACUACGUGGCAGCCGUGUACGAGCACGAGUCCAUCCUGAGCCCGACCCCGGCGGCGCUGGUGGAGCGACGCUCCGCGCUGGAGCUCAUGGGCAGGAACCUCGACAUCUAUGAGCAGCAAGUGCUGGCUGCUGCCAGGCAGGGGGCACAGAUCAUUGUUUUUCCUGAAGAUGGAAUCCAUGGCUUCAACUUCACUAGAAGCUCCAUUUACCCUUACUUGGAUUUCGUUCCAUAUUCACACUCUGGGAAGUGGAAUCCCUGCAGAGAGCCCUAUUUGUACAAUGACACAGAGGUCGUUCAGCGCCUGAGCUGCAUGGCUCUGAAGAACAAGAUAUUCCUUGUGGCCAACUUAGGCAGCAAGCAGCCGUGCGAGCGCUCGGACCCGCGGUGCCCGGCGGACGGGAGGUACCAGUUCAACACCAACGUGGCGUUCGCCGCAGACGGCGCGCUGCUGGCCACGUACCGCAAACACAAUCUCUACUUCGAGUACGCUUUUGACACCCCUGCAGAGCCAGACUACGCAUUCUUUGACACCCCUUUUGCUGGCAAGUUUGGCAUGUUCACUUGCUUCGAUAUACUCUUUUUUGAGCCUGCAGUGAGCCUCAUCAGACAAUACAAUUUGAAGCAAAUUGUUUAUCCAACUGCCUGGAUGAACCAGCUCCCUCUUUUGUCUGCUGUAGAGUUUCAACAAGCUUUUGCAACAGCUUUCAAUGUGAAUAUUUUAGCAGCCAACAUCCACCACCCUACCUUGGGCAUGACAGGGAGUGGCAUAUACACUCCAGUCAAAUCAUUCAUCUACCACAACAUGGAAAGUUAUGGUGGCAAGCUCAUAGUAGCAGAAAUUCCUGUGAUUACUGCAGAUUAUAAAACCAAUUUAGAGAGUAAUGAAAGAUUUAGAGAGAACUUACAUGACUCAUGCAGGACUUUUACAAGCACCUCACUGGAUGAUGAAGUUUGCUUUAAGGAGCAAGAAGAGACUCCUGGCAGAGUAUCUGAAAAACGAAAGGAACAGUCACCUCCUUCCUUUUAUGCAGAAAUGAUGUAUGACAACUACACUUUUGUUCCAUUAUGGGGGGAAAAGGGAGAGCUCCAGGUUUGUGCCAAUAGCCUUUGUUGUUACUUAGACUAUCGGAGAGCUGUAGUAACUGAUGAAUUAUAUGCUUUGGGAGUUUUUGAUGGGCUCCACACAGUGCAUGGCACAUACUAUGUCCAGGCCUGUGCUUUGGUGAAAUGUGGUGGUCUCAGCUUUAGCACUUGUGGACAGGAGGUCACAGAUGCCACUGCUCUGAUAGAUUUCCAGCUAUGGGGAAAUAUGAGCACCCCUUACAUCUUUCCUUUGCUGCUGACAUCUGGUAUUACCUUGGACUUUGCUGAUCACAUGGGCUGGAAAAACAACCACUAUUUCCUCAGCAAAAAUAGAACAUCUGCUGGCCUCCUGACAGCUGCUCUCUAUGGACGAUGGUAUGAAAAGGACUAGCACAGAUAGUUGACUGAGUCAAAAACCAGCUGCCCACAUGUUCAGAGUCUGUAUCUUAACAGAAAUUGUUGAAUAUCUGUAUUUGCUAGAGGUUCAGGUGUGUUUGUCCCAUCACUGCCUGAUUAGGUCCCACAUUUGAAAUAAUGGCUGUAAGUACAGUCUGUUACCCUGGUAGCUUAUGUCCUACCAGGAGUGAAAGAACGGCCUUGCAAAGGUAAAGGCUUGCUGUGAUCUGGUGAGAUGAUUUAUACCAGAAAAUAACACUUCUCAUUUCAACUGAAUUUGUUCCUUUUAAUUUAAUCCUUUGGUUUUUGGGGGUCCUGGCUGAGAAUAUGGAAAUUAAUAGAAUGGAAAACUACUGCAAGAAAAAAAAAAAACCAAACCAAACAAACAAAAGAAAGGGAAGGAAGACACAAAUAUUGUGCAUAACAUGGUCAAGAACAUGUGGGUAUCCAUACUGAUGGCUUUUAUGUGCUGAAGUUCUGAUCUCUGGUUAGGGUGCCAUGAUUGUUUUUUUCUUAGAGUCAAAAACUUCCAGCUGAAAUCAUUACCAUGGACUGGCCACCCGAGUAUCUGUAAUCCUCUUACACAUUUAACUGAAUGUUACAGUUGUAAACAUCUACAGAAUAGCUAAUCUGGGAAACAGGAUAUCAGUGACUGUGAAAACCUAGACUGCAGCAAGACACAAUUCACAAGAAAUUAUGUUCAAAGAAAACAUUAGCAUUGAAUAUCAGUGGCCAUGUGAUGUACUGUUUGAGUACCUUAACUUUCCUGUUUAAAAGAACAGUUUUAAGGCUGUUUUGACUUUAAGACAUCUUACACACUGUUCAUGAAUUUAUUCAAGAGGAGUUAUGAAAAGUACAUAAAGCUGUGGGACAGCAAGGAUUUUGCAUCAAUGCUUCAUGUGCCAGAUGGCAGGUUUGUGCUGCUGAGUAAAACACACCAUCUUUUUCCAUAGUAAUAACUAGAUUAAGUGUUUUACGGCAGUGAAGAAGCUGGGAAGAGAAUAUUCAAAGGUUAUUAAUGUGGGGUUACAUUCAGACAAGUUAAUGUAUUCUCAAGCAUUAUAAUUUUAUGGGGUCUUAUUGGCUAUUUUGACUUCAUCUGGGUAAUGGCUGUUGAGUAAUGGAAUAAACACAACUGUUCCUUUGGUGAGUCCUUGUGUUCCAGCUGCUCUGCUACUCAGGCUGAGGAGCAGAGCACAGGAGACAGGAGAGCUCAGAGUCUCCCUUUGUUCUGGUGGUCUGAGUUGGUUCAAACUGAAACCACCACACUUACAAGGAUGAGUCCUGAGAGGGGCUCAAUCAGCUCCUGCUUCAAAUGAACUCACUUUCUGGUUUCAGAAAGCAAAACAACCAAAACAUUGCUGAAUUUCUACCUUAGGGUUUCUUAGAUAUUUACACAGAAUUAGUGCAUAAUUAUGGAAGAUCUUGGGCUCUAUCAAACCUUCCUUCUCCAGUCUAUAUCACUCUGAGUCAGGCCCUUGUUGAACACCACUCUGAUACAGCAGCACACCCGGUUUGUUUAUCCUGCAGCAUAUACUGGACAGAAAUAUGGAGAAGGAAAUGUCUGUAUCUCAUUAGGCAUAAACUUGCUGCUAUAAAAGUAGGCCAUUACACCACAGGGUUAUUAAAGAUCAUUAAUUCUUUGGCACCCACACCAUGUUCUUGCUGAAUGCUGCACAGUUCCAGGACAUACAGGGUAGAACAGAAAAGCAUUUGCAGUGCUUGUUGGUGCUGCUGCUUCUAGUACCACAUGACCAAGUCUGAAAGAAUGGAACAAAGAACAACUAGAGAUUUCAGCUCUCAGGACCUUCCACUUCAGAGGCUGCAAAACAUGCAGCUUCAUGCACUAAAAUACUCCUUGGGAUUUAGUUCCAGAGCAGACCAUUAUCACAGUAAGUCAGGCUAAACAAAUAAAUAGCAUUACAUGUAUUUGCUAUGCUUAAGGAAAGAAGAGGUACUUAUCUGUGAAAUACUUGCAAAGUGUGUCCCAAAAAGCUAGUCUAACUGUGGGAAUGGUGAAACUGUUAGAACAAGACCUUCUAGCCUUGCUGGAGUUUGAUGAGGCACAUUCCUGUCUCCUCCCUGAGAAGAGCAGGCAGUAUCAGAGGGUGUUCUCAUACCUUGCUCCCUUCACCUAAAGCAGCUGCUUCUUGGAAAGAGACACUGGAAAGGUUGAACAGGCAGCACUAGAGACAAUGGAAUACCAGGAAGUAUCUACUCCUACCUCCCACUCUGAUCCUUGAGUAACAGCAGAUGUGUGUGUCUGACCCGGGGCGACCAGCAGUAACCUGCAACACCCCCACACAUUGGUGGCUUCCAGAAGUGUGAGCUGGAGCAGCAAUCCCAGCACUGCUCCGUUCCCAAACAAGCCUGCAGUCUUGUGAGUGAAGCUGCUUACCACACGCCGAGGAGGUGUGAGAAGCUGUCAGCAAAGCUGAUGUUCACUGGUUACACACUGAAAUGCAUCCCAUCAUCUAAUGGAUGUGAACAGUUUUAUAUGCCUCCCAUCAUUCCUGUCUGAGAGUGGAACAAAACCAAACCAGGACACAAGGAUUUUUGACAUAAAAGAAGUAGAGCUGAAAUCUAGAGCAGCUUUGAACCACUCAGUCUGUGGACCAAAGUGAAACCAGGAUUUGGGAAUUUGUACUGACACUAAAGGAACUUCCUCUCUGAGACAGCAGGGGAUGGUGUCUUUAAAGGACACUGCUCCUGGGAAGGAUAGCAACCAGAGAAACUCUCUGUCCAGGUAGGAGUAACAGCACACAGGUCCGAGGGGUUGGAAGGUUGCUCGUAAGGGAUCUGCUACUUCAGGAUUCACAGUGGUUUUUCCAGGUGGAUGUUGGGAUACUCUCCUUACUGUAAGAGAAACACCAGAAAGCAGAUCAAAGGAACAGCUGGAAAACAACCUUGGAGCUGAGCUAUCAAGAGGCAUGGGAGGAGGCUGAGGUGACACAAUCUGCUCAGAUCAGAGACCUUCACAAGGCCCAAGGGGGCACAAGCUCCUUGAGGCAGAUCUCAGCCAGUGAAAUGAAAACCCCAGAUAUUCACAGGCUGAACUGAAUUAUCACUCCAUCGAGUUUUUAAAAGUCAACAACAAAUGAAAAUACUUGGGAGAGCCACUGUGCUCUCCUUUUUCCCUGCCCUGGGAGAGCAAGUGUGGGCAACACAGGUCAGGAAUCAGAGAUAAUAAUGGAACCCACAGCAAAUGAAACAAACUCUUGAUAGAAGAGAUUAGAAAGGUUGAAUUCAUUAAGACUUUAAUAGAUUUUUAAGAUUUUUAAGAUUUUUAGAAAAUUAUGCAGACAGUUUGAGUAACAAAGUUUGGCAAGGGACAGGAAAUACAUGACAGGAUACAUGAAUCACUAGAUUUUGCUAUAAAACUAAUUAAGCUAUCUAAUCUAUUCUUUUAACAUAGAACACUUGAGAUGUCAGACUUAUGUCAGAUCCCAGGUACAGAGAAGAAACACUGCAAGUCUGUCCUUUGACAAGACUUCAAAGCAGGUUUUGUUUUGUUCUGUUGUAAACCUGAAUAGCAAGAGUUCUGGCUGCAUCUAUUGCAUUUUUAAUUAAAAAAAGAAAGAUUGUAAGGUGUUUUUUUCCUCUUUAAAUAUUUAGUGACACCAUCAACGUGAAAGUUUGAAAGGCUCUUUAGGUUCUCUAUUAUUCAAAUAUGUUUACAGUUACAUGGGGGAACACUGCAAGAUCUUUCUCCCAACCUCAGCUUGAAAACUGCCAAAACAUAGCAUUGAAUGGAGUAAGCUAAAUUUAUCCUAAUGUAAAAUAACACACAGCACACUAGGGAAGCACGGAUAAAUUUAAUACUGCUUUAUUCGAAGACAAAUAGUGUGCUAAAGAGACUGGGAUACCAGGUUGGAAAGAGCUGCAAGAAAUCUCCAAGCCCUGUAAGCAGGCACAGUCAUCCUUCCCUGUCAGGAAAGUUCGCUUGUGAGAUAAGCUGUAGAAUUUGAAAAUUUUAGUCACGUUUAUAACUGAUCUUCCCCUGGGAAAGGAAACCAAAAGAGUCUUGUGAUCUUGCUGGGCUCUAGAUGCCUGAACAACUAACAAAAUGCUCUUUCCAAGGCUGCCAUUUCAGACCAUUUUGCUCUCAGUAGGUCUGAGAGGGAACACGCAUCAGGCUGGGAGCCUGGGUGACAUUCACCCUGUCCUGCCAGGCAUUUCCUUCUCUUGUUAAGCAGUAAAAUGAAGGGAUUUUGUGAUAAGGCUCACAGAUUCUCAUGAAUACAAUAACACGAUAGUUUCUUAAGAAUAGCCAGUUGUUUCAUCAUUAAUGUACAGUGAUACCUUCGCACUUAACAUUUGAAAACAUAUGGAUAUUACAGUGAGAGAAGGACUCCAGGAAAAGCAAAAAGCCAAUGCUAUCAGCUAACAAAGAGGCCUGUGCUGUGUCUCUUCUCAUUUCAUAGGCUAUGACUGGAAAGAAUCCACUAAGAUCAUGGGAGCCCAACUCCUGGCCCUCCACAUGAUCACCCCAAGGAUCACACCACAUUCUCAAGAGCAUUUACCACCUCAGGUUUCAGUCUGUAAUGUUUGUAGACCGAUGUUUUAUAAAUUCUUAUCUUCUCCAAUUCAGAGUCACAGCUACACAUUCAUAUACAAAAAAAAAAAAGUUUUCCAUCCCAAUCAGAAUUCUACUCCAACUGUCCUGCCAGCUUCUGCAGCAUAUUAAAGAGGAUUAUAAGGAAAUCAUCACAAAUCACUGAGAUUACUGCAAGAGGCAAUAACUAUCAAUCUUGGAUUUAAGGAUUUGUAUGAAUUGGCUUGACCAGCUUUAAGAAUUUAAAUACUUACUUUUUCGUGAUACUAAUAUCAAUUUUACCAAGUUUGAAUUCAGACCUGUGGAAGUUGUGUUACAAGUUUAAACUACUUAUGAAGAGAUUAAAUAAGACCCUUCUCUCUAAAGUCUAGUCAGUCCGAUUCCAACAGGACUGGAUUAUCAGAAAUUGCUGUCAGGGGGAAUCAAUGCUUUUUAACCAAAGGUGUGAUGGCAUUUCUUUUGUGGAUACAUACCAUCAGCAGAGGCCCAGUGCAAAGCUGUGGGAGAUGAGGAAGAUCCUCCUGCUGCUCCUGCAGCUGUAGCCAGGGAAGACCAUGGAGCUCCCGAGCCUGCCCUGUGGUACACGGAGCCAGAGCACGACCUCCAGUUCUGCAGGAAUGCUGCUUCCAUAAACAUUCACCCUUUUCAUUUAGGUUUCAGUUUUUUAAGAUGUGAACUUCACUGAUCCAAACAUGGAAUUGAGUAGUACAGGCUCCCUGCAGACAUCUAGCACUGUUAAAAAUGUUCUCUGAUUGUGACAAACUUCUCACAAGUCAUGCUAGCCAGUUCUUUGGGCAGUAUUCACUGACACCUCCCAUCUUUCUACACGCUGAUCCUCUCACCC